UUCUUGCAGGAGAAGCUUAAUGUCAGCAGUAUGGGGCAUCAGGUGAUAAUAUUUGACUUUUCUCUCAUAAGAGGACUCUGGGAGGCUCGAGUCAAGAAGAACAAAGAACGUCAGAAGAAAGAGAAAGAAAGAUUAGAAAAAAGCUCAUUAGAGAAACUGGAGGAAGAGUGGAAUUGGUUGGAAGAAUGUAGACAGAGGGUUAUACCUUCUUCAAUCUGUGGUUUUUAAACACCUUAAUGAAUAGAUUUAAAUGUACGGCUUCUGGACAAGAUAGAGAGGGAUAUGCUAGUAAGAUCCCAUAGUCUUCCUAAGGACAGAAACACUGACCUUGCUGCCUUUUUGCUCAGCCUAGGGCAGCUCUGGACAGAAUUCCCAGAGUCUCUGAAAGAUCAUACCUAUCUGAAAGAAUGGCAUGUAAGCAAUACAUUGAUUCAAACAAUUCCAGACUACAUUGCUUUGUUUCAAGAUUUGAGAGUUCUGGAGUUAUCAAACAAUCAAAUCAACCACCUCCCAGUGGAAAUUGGCCACUUAAAAAAUCUCAAAGUUCUCAAUGUAAGCUUUAAUAAUUUGAAGUCUGUCCCUCCGGAAUUGGGUGACUGUGAGAAUCUUGAAAAACUGGAUUUGUCUGGAAAUAUGGAAAUAAGCGAGCUUCCAUUUGAACUAAGUAACCUGAAGCAAGUCACAGUUGUGGAUGUGUCAGCGAACAAGUUCCAUUCUAUUCCAGUUUGUGUACUCCGGAUGUCUAAUUUGCAGUGGUUGGACAUUAGCAGCAACAACCUGAGGGAUCUCCCAGAAGACAUAGACAGAUUAGAUCAACUGCAGACACUUCUCCUACAGAAAAACAAGUUAACUUAUCUUCCACGAGCUUUGGUUAACAUGUCAAAACUCAGUUUGCUAGUCGUCAGUGGUGAUGAUCUGGUUGAGAUACCCACAGCUGUGUGUGAGUCUACCACAGGUUUAAAAUUUAUAAGUCUCAAGGACAGCCCAAUUGAAACUAUUGUCUGUGAAGACACUGAAGAAAUUAUAGAAAGUGAACGUGAACGAGAGCAAUUUGAGAAAGAGUUUAUGAAAGCCUAUAUUGAAGACUUAAAGGAAAGAGAUUCUGCUCCUUCCUACACUACGAAAGUAUUAUUCAGUCUUCAGCUUUGAAGAUCAAUAAUCUCUAAAUCACUAGGGGAUACUACAAUAAUUCUAUUUUUAUCCAACUGAAAAAUUAGACUGCCUGAAGCACUUCAAAACCAUCAUGGAUUUUUUUUAUUAUUUGCCACUACUGCUCCUAGAAACUACGGAUAAAGCAAAAAAUGGAAGAGCCAUCAUAAGAUGCUGUUUCACCCUUCUAAAUGCACACAUAUAUUUUUAUGUCCACCAUAACAAGCCCUAAAUUGUCCUAAUGAAAGUGUAUGUGAGUUUAGUUGCCCUCAGGAAAAAGACGCUGUACGUUGUAGUUGAAAUAGUGAAACAUAAAUCAUGGUAGAAAACAAUCUGAUUUCAUAAAAGAGAAAUAUUAAUAUAGGAGUGGAUAUGAUCUGUUGUACUCUUAAGACCAAAUUACUCAUUUAAUUGUUUGCAAUAUUUAAAACACAUUCAUAUAUAACAAUAUUUAUUUGCAUUAUUUUCCACAUAGAUCCUGUAGAUCUAUUCUGCUGCUUUUUCAAGACUUUUCCCUGUUCACAUAUUCAAGUACCAAUGUGGCCGAAACUUCUGUGCAAAACAGUCUUAUAAUAUAGCAUUGUAGGUAAUAAGAUUUUAAGGACUAAACAGUGUGAACAAGUACCAUCUGUAAAAUUAAUUAUAAAGAUAUUCCACUACUAGUUUCAAAAUACAGGAUUUUGUGGACAUUGAUGGGAAGUUUCUAAGCUGUGUAAGAAUGUGUUUGCUGAUAUAAAAAGUUAUGUUACUUGCUAUUUAAUAAUAUAAUAGUUUAUAUAUAACUGUAAGUGUAUAUACUGUAGGGAUCUACAUCUACAUAAUUUUUUGUCUAAUAAAACUAUACUUUUUAAUCUGAAAAAACUUGGGACUUUGAGAAUUUAGUCUCAAAUGGGAGAAUUUAAAUCAUCUUAAACUUUUAUACAUGCAAAUAGGAGAAAUUAUAUUUACAUCUUGAUUUUUUACUGUAUUAUUAAUUAUGUCCAAUUUUGUGCAGUUGAUUACCACUUAAGUCAGUCAUAUUUUAAAAUCAGAGCAACAAAAGGCAUUCUUCCCAAGAUUUCCAUUUAAAAAAAUACUGGUCUUGAAGUGUUCUCUUCUAAAACUUUUAGAAUUAGGUCUUCUGAAACAAAAGAAUGUUUAAGUACUAGCUUUGUUUUUUAUUCUAGCCACAAACUGCAGCAGUCAUAUUACUAUCCACAAGGAAACCCUCCAGAGUUGGUCUCUAAGUGUUAAUGCUGAUUUUAAGAAAGUCUUGGAACAAUGAAAAAGUUUCAAAAAAUCGCAAAAAGUCAGUAUCUCAUCACUUUUUUUUCAAAAAGUCAUCGGAAUGAUUCAAGCAAUUAUAAGCCUAUUAAUUUGACAAUCAUCUGAAACAGAAUAAUGGGAGAUCUGAAAUAGGAUUAAUAAGAAGCAAUUGAAAUAUGAUAAAGUAAUUGGCUUAUGGAAAUCAAGUUAUCUGAAAUUAACUUACAGAUCUUUCUCUCAAUGAAAUUAUAAAUUUGCUUGAUUAGGUAUUGAUACCAAUGCAAUAAAAUUCUGUAAGAUGUCUGAUUUGGCAUUGCUUGAAGUUCUAUUUCUAGAGUUCUUUUUUUGUAUAAUAUGACCUACUGAAAAAUUAUAGGCAUGUACACAAUCAUAGCUGUGUUUACAGAAGAAAGAUGUAUGUUAUGAGUUUUUAAACUCCAAAAAACAUAGAGGUUCAAAAAUAAUUAACUGAACAUUUAUUCCUAGUGCAAAUUCUACUGUCAGAAUUGUUGAAUACAUAAAGUAUGCCAGAAUAGAGAAAUUGUACUUAUCUAACAUUUCUGCUAAUCUUACUUGAAAGAGUGUGUAUCACUUCUGGAGUUCAAAAACAAAGGGGAAAGAGAUAAACUGGAGAACAUUUUGAAGAAAAACAAAAGAAUUAAUAGAAAACAUGCACUUUAAGCUUAACUGAAUAGUGGACAAGUCUAUUUCUUUGGCAAUGUUUACUAGUGAAAAAUCGUGAUCUAGGAAAAAAAUUCAUUGCAGCAAAUUAUUGUAAAGCAGAAGGCUAAAAUGUGAAUUCACACAGUUUGAGGCUAGAGACAAAUGACCUUUUUUAGUAAGAGUAACGAUGGGAGAACUAACAAAAGGCUGUGAUAAGUUCUCUGUUACAAUCUGUCUUUAAGUCCAGGUUAACAUUUUACUGAAAAAUUUGAUGUAAAAAAUAGUCAUGGAAGUUGAUGUUAAACAGGGGAUCAGAUUAGUGUUCCCAACCCUGACUGCAAACUACUGUGAAUCUUAUUUUACUUGUAGAAUAUUUUUGCAGAAUAUUAUUGCCUAUAUUUUUAAUUUCAGAAAGAACGGAUUGUUUUUGUCACAGAAUUUCUCAAGUAGGUCUGCCUAAGGGGAAGAGGGAUGUGGUGGGGGUUAUUCUAGGCUUGCUAUUCUAGGUUGCUACUAGGUACACCAUACUGCUCUUUCACUCUUUCUCUUUAGCAGAACAGGUAAAAAAAUGUGAUGAAAUAAACUCAUAAAUUGAGAUAUGGGAAAGAUGGAGAUCUCUCACAAGUUACUGUAAUGGGCAAAACAAACUUGUUUUUUGAAAGAUAUAUUUGAUUUAUUACCAGUGAUAAAUGGGGUAGAGUAGGAGAGUGAGAAAGAAACAAGCAAAAACUAAAAAACACAUUUAAAUCUCCAUCCCUUCUAACCUGAUUUUGUUCCAAGGCUCGAGUUCACUCUUCUUCAACUUUUCUAACUCCCUCUCCCUGAGAGACACAGAGGAAUAGGAAUUGCAGUCAGCAGUCAGCCUAUAGUACUUUGUCUCUGCUGUUCCUUUCUCCUCAUUCUCUUCCUUGCUCCAGUGUAAAGUCCCUUUCAUAGCAUGCAGUCCUUCAGGAACUGCUCGAGCAGUUAAAUUUAGAGCAGUUCCUGCAGGCUGCUAUUGCUCAAGAGCUGCUCUAGCAUUGGUCUUUUCCGAGGGGUGGCCAGGAAACUGUUUCUGUAUUGGCACUCUGUGGGCUGCAGCUUCCUUUGGAGUAUUUACACUUGAUACAGCAUAGAACUCUUCACAGGCUUCAGUGUGGAGGGUGGAGGUCUGCUCCAUGGAAUGCAAGGGGACAGUGAGUUAAACUAUGGUCUCCUUCACAGGCUGCAGAGGAUUCUCUCCUCUAGUGUGUAGAGCAUGUCCUCCCCUCCUUCUUCACUGGCCUUCAUGUCUGCAGGGCUGUUUCUCUCUUCUUUUUCACAGUUUUCUCAGCUGUAGCCACAUAACAUUUUGUACCCUUUCUUAGAUAUGCCAUCACAGAAAUGCCAUUUGAGUCUCUGAUGGGCUCAACUCUGUCCAGUGGUAAGUCCCUCUUGGAGCAGGCUAGAACAAUCUUCAUCCAACAUGAGAUAGACCCUGGUCUCUUCUUACAGGGGUCACCCCUGCAGCCCUCUGUCUCACUCCACUGUUAGGAUCCCACCACAUGAACCCAACAUAAUGUUAUCCACAUACAAUUGCUUCCAUUACACUCAAUAAGCCCAGUACGGAAGGACAGGUGAACCAGAAGUUCCACUAAUUUUAACAUAACUUUAGGUGAGUUCCACUUAUGUCCUAAACAGAAAAAUGCUGUGAAAACAUACAUCCUGCAUGGUCGUCAAUGGGUUUGGGUUGGCUUGGCUCAUUUCGAGACUAAUGGGUGGAGGGACCAUGCCCCAAAAGAUGGGGAAGGAAAAUCAUGACAAUGGUGUUAAAUAUAAUUUCAUUGUUGUCAUCCAUCACAGUACAAAAUUUGUGUGUCAAGAGACAGAGAUUUUGAAUUUAGUAAAGUUUUAUUAUUAUUUUUUUUUCAUAGGAAUCUUACUUCGGUCUUUGAUCUUUAAAUAAAAAUGUAAAUGUAAAUGAUUUUUAACUAAAAUUGUAAUGAUACAAAGCUGUGAGGAGUGGCUGACACAGCAGAAAGCUGUGUUGCUGUUCAACGAGGCCUAGACAGACUGGAGAGUUGGGCAGAGAGCAAUCUGAUGGGAUUCCACAAGGAUAAAUGUAGAGCUCUGUAACUGGGGAGGAAUAACCCCACAAAUCAUACAGGUUAAGGGUUGACUUUCUGGAAAGGAAAUUUGUGAAGAAGAUCCUUAUCUGGGUCUCCUGGUGGAUAGGCAGACCAUGAGCAAGAGAGUGUCCUUGUGGCCAAGAUGGUCUCUUCUAUCUUAGGGUGCUUUAAAAGAGUGGGGCCAGCAGUUUGAGGGAGAUGAUUUUCCCCUUCUCCUCUGCCAUGGUGAGGUCACAUGUGAAGUACUGUGUCUUAGGCUCCCCAGCUCAACAAAAUCAGGGAACUUCAAGAAAGAAUCCAGCACAGAGCCACAAAGACGAUUAAGGGAUAGAGCAUCUCCCCUUUUGAGGAAAGGCCUGAGAGGGCCUGGGGCUGUUCAACCCAAAGAAAAGAAGACCGAGUGGGGAUCUUACCAGUGUGUAUAAAUAUCUACAUAUAUAAAUCUGCACCAGUGGAAGUGACCCACCAUCACUGUCACCACUGCUGAGAUGCACUGCCCACAACCUCACUGU